CCUACAGCAUGCAACUGCGUCAUUAUUGCACCUGCCGGAGAGACAUGGUGACAAUAUCCAUGGACAUCUUCGUGAGAAAGUUUCAACCUGACAGAUACCAGCUGUGGAAACAAGGAAAGGAUUUAUUCACCAUUGAUCAUACAAAACCAACUCCUGAAUCAACACCUGAAGUAAAGGCCUGGCUACAGGGAAGAAAGAAAAUACAGGAUGUCCCCAAGUGCUUUCAGCACACCAGAUCUCGAUCUAAAAAGCUUAAAGCUCCGGAGGAUGAGAGAAUAUCUACUGUGGUAGCUGGUGCAGAAAUCAUAGCGACAGAAGCAGCUACUGAUGACUUCAAGGUCAGUGAAAAACCAGGAGAAAAAGUGAGAGUGAGAAAAACAGGAGAGCCUCCUAGGGAUGAAGAAAACAACAGUGGAAUGCGGCUGGAGCAACAUUUAUUGGAUAAUGUUGAGGUCUCAGGAAACGACUGUUCAGACUCAUUUUCCAGCCCUGUUCCAGUAACAGAGAAAAAAAAAAUCAAAGAUGAGAACAAGACAGAUUCCAGUCAUCCUCCCUUUACAUUUGAAGAUACUGUGCUCCCUAUGCCUUCUCAUAGAUGUAGAAAAGAAGAGUGUUUGAAAUCUCAGGAUCAGUCUAUGUCAGCCAUACCAUACCAUAAGUCACGGGGACAUAUUUCUGAAGCAGAGAGCCCAGAGAAAUUCUCUACAGAGGAUGAUGUCAGCGACCUAGAAAGCAGUGGAAGUAGCUUGGAAAAUGGAGAAACACCUGUCAUAAAAACGGAUGAAGAUGAUGUCACGGAAACAUCCAGUUCAGCAGAAAUUGAAAGGAAGAAAACAUCUAAGAGUUGGCGUCAUCCACUAAGUAAACCCCCAGCUAGAUCUCCAAUGACUUUAGUUAAACAGCAAGCAACUAGUGAUGAAGACCUGCCUGAGACUACCUUAAUUGAAGAGGAAGUACAGGAGACAGAGACGUGGGCCAGGCCUCUUGUCUACCUUUGGCAGAAGAGAGCACAUAAUUUCAAAGCUGAAAAGGAAUAUAAUGCAGCCUGUGCCAAAAAGGAACCACACUGUGCCAUUUGCACUCUUCUCAUGCCAUACUACAAGCCAGACAACCAUAACAAAGACAAUUAUACUUUUGAGGAAACAGUCGCUGAAAAAAUAUUUAUGGCUGAAAAUGAAAAGACGAAACCACUUAUUCCAGAGAUGUGUUUUAUAUAUAGUGAAGAAAAUACUGAAAACUGUCCGUCAAAUGCCUUUAUUGAAGAAGAUGGAACAAGUCUUCUGAUUUCCUGUGCAAAGUGUCGUGUACAGGUUCAUGCAAGUUGCUAUGGUGUCCCUUCUCACGAAGUCCAUAGUGAAUGGUUGUGUUCUCGAUGCAGAAGAGGAGACUGGACAGCUGAAUGUUGUCUCUGCAAUUUAAGAGGUGGCGCGUUAAAGGAAACUACUGACAAGAAGUGGGCACAUGUAAUCUGUGCAAUUGCCAUCCCAGAAGUCCGAUUUGGUAAUGUCUCAGAACGUACACCAAUAGACACAAGCAGAAUACCUUUGCAAAGAUUAAAAUUGAAAUGCAUUUUCUGCAGACAGAGAAUUAAGAAAAUUUCUGGCGCCUGCAUUCAAUGUUCAUAUGGACGCUGCCCAGCCUCCUUCCAUGUUACCUGUGCCCAUGCUGCAGGAGUACUUAUGGAACCUGAUGACUGGCCGUAUGUUGUCUAUAUCACAUGUUUCAGGCACAAGAUCAACCAAAAUGUGAGAACUAAAGCAUGUGAGAAGGCCAUUACAGUUGGGCAGACAGUAAUCACAAAACACAGGAAUACACGAUACUACAGUUGCAGAGUAAUAGGAGUCACAUCUCAAGUUUUCUAUGAAGUCGUGUUUGAUGAUGGCUCUUUCAGUCGGGAUACUUUUCCUGAAGACAUUGUAAGCAGAGAUUGCCUAAAGCUAGGUCCACCUGCAGAAGGAGAAGUUGUCCAGGUGAAGUGGCCUGAUGGAAAAUUGUAUGGUGCAAAGUAUCUGGGAACAAACAUAGCUCAUAUGUAUCAGGUUGAAUUUGAAGAUGGUUCUCACAUAGCAAUGAAGAGAGAAGAGAUAUACACUCUAGAUGAAGAACUGCCUAAGAGAGUAAAAGCACGUUUUUCUACAGCCUCUGACAUGAGAUUUGAAGAUACGUUUUAUGGAGGAGAUAUAAUUCAGGGAGAAAAGAAGAGACAGAGAGUAUUGAGUUCCCGUUUUAAGAAUGAAUAUGUGGAUGACCCGGGAUACCGCACCUUCUUGAAAAGCUCAUUCCAGAAAAAAUGCCAGAAGGGGCUAUAAAGGAUGCAGUGAAGUUGCAUGCAGAAGCACAUGCACAAACACAUGUGCUGCAGAGACAUAAACAGGUUAUAGUUGGCUAAAAAGCAUACAACAUUAGCAGAUGUGAUGGUUUGAAGAUGGCAUCUCUUCAGUGUAUUAAAUUGGUUUUGGGUUAAUUGGACACUUGGUUUUACAGCAAAUUAGUCCAUACAUCAACCUGCUAAGUUCAAGUCCUUCAGUUAUGGUUUCUUCAGUUAAUGUAUUACAAGUUUUUGUCCGUUCUCCAUCAUGAAACAGGAGAAAAUCAGGUGAGGUGAAGAGGGGUUGCACAGUUAAAUGCUGAAGAUAACUUUCGGUCCUGCUUCCACUGAAGCCAGUGGUAAAAGUCCCAUUGGCUGGUGUGGGAGAAGAUUCAGGUUCUAGGUGAUCUGGUUAGAAAUGUAAAAUGUAUUGCUUUGUCUUUCCCAAAGAAGAGAAGUCUUAGUAGCCAGAGGUGAUUUCAGUGGCUAGUUUUUUUCUGCAGACAGGAAAGGAUGUUAAGUUUAAUAAUAGCAGUUUUUAUAAAACAUUUUUAAAACAAAUAGAAAUAUGUGCAUUAUUAAGACCUACAAAAGUUGUACUUAUUUACUUGGUACAGUGCUUUUACCUUUUUAUAUCACUCCUGCUUUCAGUAGGGUUUGAUGUGGAAUCAGCUGUUGACUUAAAUAUUUUUUUGGCUUUUGAGAAAGAAAUCUUCAGCACAGCAAGGGGAUUUUGUAUAUUUAAAGAGGGAUAUUUUGGCAGUUAUUUUUAAACAUGAUUUUCAUAAAGCCUAUUAAAAUAGCUAUUUGUAAAAUAAGAUUUUUUUCAUUAUAUGUAUGUAAAAUUAGAGUUUAAAUAUAUAUGCUUAACAGGCUAGUUUUGAACU